AUGGUCUCACCGUGGGCCAGCAGAACCAGGAAAGGAGACAUAGAAACUCCAUUCAGCAGCCUGAGCAUGGAUGGGAAUUCUCCCCUGCAGCAUGAACAGAAAACAGAAAUGGAGCUGCCCCUCCAGCCUGCAGUGUAUUUUGUCCUCACCUUCAUUGUGCAGAAUCACCAGGCUCAGCUACAAGAUAUCUUUCUGAUCUUCCCAUUCCCACCAUCUCCAAACGAUGCAGUGGUGGGGACGGCCGAGGAGGCCACGGAGCUGUUGGCCACGUACCUGACAGGCGAGCUGACGGCUACCAGUGAAGACUAUAAACUUCUGGAAAACAUGAACAAACUGACUAGCUUGAAGUACCUAGAAAUGAGAGAUAUUGCAGUAAACAUAAGUAGAAACCUAAAGGACUCAAACCAGAAAUAUGCAGCACUUCAGCCUUAUCUGGAUCAGAUCACUUUAAUUGAGGAGCAAGUAGCAGCUCUUGAGCAGGCUGCCUACAAAUUGGAUGCAUAUUCAAAGAAACUAGAAGCAAAGUACAAGAAGUUAGAGAGGCGAUGAACGCUUCUCCAGCACAAAGACGGAC